CCAAACAAAUCUCAGUUCGUCUCACCGCAGCCGGCACCAAAGUUAUGAGUUCUCUGCGGCGUGAGGCGCUCAGGUGGUACAAAGUUUUGCAACGUACCAAAAACGAUGUGUUUGCUGGCGAUUUCCGGACCAUUUCCGCGGCCAGGCAGCGCAUUCGGGAAGAGUUCGCCAAGAACAAAGACAUUACGGACGAAAAAGAAAUCGAAGAGAAAAUUAAAAUCGCCAAGGAUGUCAAUGUCGAGUUGCGCAGUUCGGUGGUUCAAGCAGUGAGAAAGCAGCCAACUGUGUUCGAGGCCCGCAUCACACCGGAUACGAGAAAGAUGGAUAACGUCAUGUUCGAUCCGGAUGCCGAGCUUCCGCCGCCUCGUAGCAAGAAGUGUGGCGAUAAAAAGCAGUGAAACGUCUUCCAACGUAGUACAAUAGUUGUUUGUAAAUAUGUUUUUGUUAUAAAUAUUGGUUGCCUCAUUGCAUAGUUCACCAAGGCAUUUCUAAGUCCCUCUCAUGUCAUCAUAUCAGCCACCAAAAGUUGUGUAGCUUUGCCAAAGAGCACCCUGAAUAAUGAUAAAAGUAAAAGU